UAGUUGAGAAAAAAUGCCUUCUUCGUGUGCUGCUUGGGGCUGUACAAAUCGCCGCACAAUUGAAAAUAGGUCACGGGGAAUUACAUUUCACAAGUUUCCCAAAGACAAAGAGGUGAGGAGACAGUGGGAAGUAGCCACACGAAGGCAAGGUUUUUCCGCAAGCGAUUUCUCUGUGCUAUGCAGUGAGCACUUCGAGUCGGAUCACUUUGACAGGACAGGUCAGACUGUCAGGAUUAGGGAUGGAGCUAAACCAUCAGUCUUCAGUUUCCCUCCUCAUCUACAAAAACCCGUUGCAACCAGGACUACACAAGCCUCAAAGAAGGCUGAGAAAAGUCUGUUAGUGAACUGUUCUCAGCAUUUCCAAGAGACUGAUCCUCCUCUGCCUAAUGCUGACCACACCUAUGCAUUGCCUGCAUCUCCCACUAGUUUAAAGGCCAGACUCUGUGAAGCCUUGGCUAGAGUGGAGAGUCUGGAGCGAGAGAAGAGGAAUGUGAAGGACCGAGAACGGAGGGCAAAGAGCACUGUACGUGAUGUUCUGGAGGAUCUGAAGGGGAAGAACCUCAUAAAUGAAGACUUGAAAGAGAGGCUAAAUUUCUACUCUGUGACUGGUGAGAGGGUGUUUGUGAUGAUGGAUGCCUGCCACAUGUUGAAGCUGGCUCGAAAUAUGUUGCAGGCUUACAGUCCAAUAACCAGCAGCACUGGUCAGAUCAACUGGACAUUCAUUGCUCAUCUAAAUGAAGUUCAAGUCAAAGAUGGACUACAUGCAGCCAACAAGGUAACAGGCAAGCACGUGCAUUUUGAUUCCCAGAAGAUAAAGGUGUCUUUGCCUGCACAGACACUUAAGUCGCUCAGUCGCUGUAGCUCUGCGGACAUUAAGAGACCUUGGCUAUUCACAGUUUAAACACUGUGAAGCAACAGCGAAAUUCAUUGAGGUAAUACAAUGCAAAAAUGGUGAUGAAACAAAUGCUUUCUUUUAAUGCAAACAUAUGCUUUUAGAUGAUUGACAGGCUUUUUGACAUAAUGAACAGCCGCAAUCCACAUGCCAAAGGGUUCAAAAUUCCCCUGGGUUCUUGGAAUUGGACUGAUAGAGUAGAGUUCUUGUUGAGAGCCAAGGAAUUUGAUCAGUUUGGUGAUGAAAGAUGGCACAACCUUUCAUCAAUCAAAGAGGUUGUUUAGAAUUGUCAAGCUUCUGUUCAAGUUAAUGACAUCAGAAGUUCAUAUGAUGCUCUUGUUCUGAUCUUUUCACUGUCUCUUUUUGUUUCUGUUAGAAUUCUUCUACAGGUGAAACAAUUUGAAUAUUGUGCAAAUGUUAUAAUGUAGAUUAUUAUGGCUUACAGCAUAUGAAAUUAAAAAUGUCAGAAAAAUAGAAUAUUACAUGAAAUCACUCAAUUUAAAAAAAGGAUUUAAAAUAAAGAAAAGUCUUUGGGGUUGGUUUGGGCCCAUUUUGCAUGAAUUACUGCCUCAAUGCAGCUAGAUAAAUUAACUUUUGCACGACAUUCACAUUUUUCGAGAUUCACCUGUAUGUUCAGUAAUUUUUCAGUUCUUUCAGGUGGCAAAUUGGUAAGUGUGUAUUUUUAGCCUUUCCAGGUCUGUUCUGAAAUUGUUCCUAGUUGGCUUAAUUUCUUAGAGGUAAAUCAUUUACUUAAAGGUUCCUAACCCUGACACUAAUUUACAAUAUACUCUUGAGAAGCAUACAGUAACUUUGAGUUACACACCGUCUUUUAUGUACAGGGAAAAUAUAAUUACCAACCAGAGACAUUGCAAUGGUGUUGGUUUCUUGGGAAUUGUCCCUGAAUGUUUUCGUUUGCCCUCAGUCUCUCUAACUAAACUGUUCUACAAGUCAAAGGAGCGAAUGUUUUAUCAUUAGAGCUAGGGCUGCACAAUUAAUCGAAUUUGUAAUCACGAUUACAAUUAUGGAUGCCACAAUUAUGUAAUCGUUCAAAGG